UCAGCAUCCGGGGGCGGGGCGUGACGCCCCCUAUAAGGCUGGCGGCCAUUGUGCUUGUGCUGGGUUCCCGGGAUCCGCUACGGUCUACGCAGCAGUGAGUCCGCGCCCCGCGUCUACGCAGCAACCAUGCCGCCGUACACCAUCGUCUACUUCCCAGUUCAAGGGCGAUGUGAAGCCAUGCGCAUGCUGCUGGCUGACCAGGGCCAGAGCUGGAAGGAGGAAGUGGUGUCCACGGAUACCUGGUUACAAAGCCAGCUCAAGUCCACCUGUCUGUAUGGGCAGCUCCCCAAGUUCCAGGAUGGAGACCUGACCCUGUACCAGUCCAAUGCCAUCCUGAGACACCUGGGACGUUCCUUAGGGCUUUAUGGGAAAGAUCAGCGGGAGGCCGCCCUAGUGGACGUGGUGAAUGACGGGGUGGAGGAUCUCCGCUGCAAAUAUAUCACCCUCAUCUACACCAAAUAUGAUGCCGGUAAGGAUGACUACGUGAAGGCUCUGCCCGGGCACCUGAAGCCUUUUGAAACCCUGCUGUCCCAGAACCAGGGAGGCAAGUCCUUCAUCGUGGGUGACCAGAUCUCCUUCGCUGACUACAACUUGCUAGACCUGCUGCGGAUCCACCGGAUCCUGGCCCCCGGCUGCCUGGACGCCUUCCCUCUGCUCUCUGCCUAUGUGGAACGUCUCAGUGCUCGUCCCAAGAUCAAGGCCUUCCUGGCCUCUCCUGACCACGUGAACCGUCCCGUCAAUGGCAACGGCAAACAGUGAGAGCUGUGGGUUCCUCCGGGGCUGCCUGCCCCCCUUUCCCCAGGACUAAUAAAGUUUGCAAGACAGAAGUGA